GUCUCUCUCUAGUCACGCACAGUGAGUGAUUUUAUUCCUCGAGGAGGUCUCGAUGGAUCGUGGCAAGAGCCGAGUGGAAAUAAUGGGCGAUGAUGGAAGAUGGAAAGAAUGGAACUGAGCGGUAUAUUUUUGUCAGGCUGUAGCCGCCUAAACACGCCAUUGGCAGCCACUACCACACUGGAGGAUCCGGGAACACCAGCCUCUUGGAAGGGCCCGCCACCCGGCUCGGAGGCAUCGCCCUUUACACCCAACUCCGUUGGCCAGGGUGGUGGCCCUGGCUCCGGUCCUUACAACAAUACAGGUGGUCCACCGAGUAAUGCGGCCUUCCAAGGCCCAAGCCCUUUCCCCGGUGGUGCUGGUAGUCCAGCGGGGGCGCCUCCUUAUCAAGGACCACCCCCUGGUUCCGCGACUCCUCAGUAUACUGCCUCACCAGCGCCCAGCGGCUCCUCGACACCCGGCCCUGGACCACCGCCCAACUCCUCGGGCUUCCCACCGCCACCCAAUAAUUCCGGGCCCCCGUACAAUGGGCCCGGGCCGAGUCCAUUCGGCUCGCCAUCUGGCGGGCCACCGCAAUUCGUCGGUCGACCCGGUUCCUCGGGGCCUCCUUUCGUACCUCCGGGAGCGGGGAAUCCUCACUUCCCUUCGCACGGUCAACCGUUUGGCGGACCCCAAUACGGUAUGCCACCAGGAAGCCCGUUUGGACCUGGUCACCCGAUGACAGGGCCUAUCGGUCCUGGACAUCCAGCCAUGAUGGGACCCGGUGGACCCGUCGACAGGAUGGACCAAGGAUCACCGUGUCGCGUACGCGAUUCUAUCCGUGGAAAGAGAGAUUAAUAACGAACCAGCAUCGACUCGUUGGCUUGGUAACAGCGUUGCUGAUUGAAAUGCAAAGGUUGAGACCGGGAGCAUAAUGGACUUCUUUUUUCUCACGUUCUCCUUGAACACUCUUUCGACAUUCCUAUAAACAUUGUAGAUAUUCCCUCGUUCUCGAAUCUCUUUUUUUUUUUCUUUUCCUCGCCGAGGAGCGCCUUUGUCCAAAUAUAGUGGCUGAUUAUAUACUCCA